AUGGCGCCUCCGUUUGCCCGGCGACGGCGCAGCGGAGUUGGAGCUGCUGCAAGCAGUGUUAGAUGCCCGUGGUGCCCAAAGGAGUUUCCUACGAAACAUGGUGUGACAAUCCACGCUGGGCGUGCUCAUGGGAAGAAACUUUCGGAUAUAAGGAUCAAUUCCCGUUCAGCUACUGGAUCCCAGCCACCCACAUCUUCCCCGUCCUCCUCUCUUGGAGCUGUUCUCUCUGCAGCCUCUUCCUCUGCUGUUGUCAACGCCGAGGGAGAGAGGGCGCCUGGUACUGUUGAGGAGAGCGCCGCCGUUACUGAGCCAGCGCCGCCAGCCACUCUGCCUUUACACAGAGCGCUGGCGAACGCGAAACUCACCAGGAAGAUUCUUCGGAGGAUUCCGAAAGGCGCGCGAAUACCGGUACGCAGGUUGCUCCACGACCUACUUAAGGAAGUGGCUGUCAAAAAUGACGUGCAGAGUUGGAGUGCGUUGCUCACCUUUGCACCGAGGGUGUUGCAUGUUGACCAACAGAACAGAGGGGAUAAGAGUCUUGCUGCCAUAGUUAAAGAUAAUGUGGUGUCUUUCUAUAGCACCGCAUUAGAGCCUAUGCAGCAAGAGGGUAGAGGCAAGCGGACCAUGGAUGAUAAGAGCCGUGCUACCAUCGCCGGCCACAAGCUCUCCAUGGAUUUCAACGUUCGCGCUGCAAUACGCAUUCUGGCGUCCGACGACUCGAUAGCUUCAGUGACUGAGGAGUCUCUGGCGGAGAUGCGGGCUAAGCAUCCUCCUGCUCCGGCAGAUGAUGCUUUUCCUGCUCCUCCAACAGGACCUUCGGUUGCUGGCUCGUGUUCGUCCGAUGAUGUCACCAAGGCACUUCUGUCAUUCCCCUCAGGUGCUGCAGGUGGGCUCGAUGGCCUGACCCCUGAUCACCUGAAGUGUCUUCUCCAGACCAACGGAGACCAAAGCGAACUGCUGGCCACAGUCGCUAAGGUGUGUGACAUCAUUCGUAAUGGACAAGUGCCUGAAGGCGUGCGCGAUGUUGUUUAUGGCGGCUGGCUGAUCGCGUUGAGAAAGAAGACUGGUGGCUAUCGGCCGAUCGCAGUUGGGUGCACACUGCGGCGGUUGGCAACCAAAACUCUUCUGCCUCACGUCGACGGCAGCUACCUCCGACCUCGACAAAUGGGAUAUGCCACCAAUAACGGAGCAGAGAUUAUUGUCCACACAGCACGAUCGUUUCUGGAGAAGAACGAGAAGUGCUGUCUUCUCAAGUUGGACUUUAAAAAUGCAUUCAAUCUUAACAAGCGCGGCAGACUGCUGUUGGAGGUAGCCAACCAUGCAGCUGCCCUCUACCCCAUGAUGUACCAGGCUUACUCCAGGCCAACGCCGAUCAUGUUUGGGGAAGAGGAGAUUCUCUCUCGCGCUGGCUGUCAGCAGGGGGAUGUGGCCGCUCCCCUGGUCUUCAGUUUGCUGCUUCAUCAGUAUGUUAAGAAAGUCACUUCAGCAGUCCCUCUGUUUUACCUGGAUGACGGUACCCUGUUGGACACCAACCCCUCGGCAUUGUUGUAUGACAUCAGCAUGCUGAGGGAGUUCGAGAAGUACAGCGGAUUGCAGCUCAAUCCUGCCAAGUGCGAGCUGUACUUGCAAGGAUAUGAGGAGGCCGAGCGUCUCCGGAUCACCGAAGAAUUCCAACAGGCUCUUCCGAACGUCAUUAUCAGGGAUCGAUGCGACCUCGAUCUCCUGGGCUCUGCCGUAUUUCCUGAGAUGGUGGGCCAG